GUCGCGCGCCUCUUUCGCAUCGGUUGUCGCCCGUCCGCGUCGUUUCCUCAACUGCAUUAUAAGCAUUUUAUUUCGUGUAUUUUAAAUUGUUCUAGCCGUACGUGUUUCCGUGUGUGCUCAUGUGCCGUGUUGAUAACUCCGUGAAAUGCAAAUGAUCUGAUCGAUGAGCAGCAGCUAUAAGCCGCGCAGCAGCGACGAGGCCCUCGCCGAACAGUUUAGUUUAGCCCGUGCCGGAAGUGGCACCAAGCCCCCGGCCACGCCCACCUACCGCCAGAUAUCCGGCGCCAUGGCAACUCUGCCGCGCCAUGAUAACAACCACAACCGCAAUCACAAUGACAACUCCAACCGCUUGCGCAGCGAUUCCACGGCGACGUCGAGAACAUGCGUCUAUAUAGGCGGAGCGCCAACGGGUGGCGGAACCGGAAAUGAACAGAUAUCCGUGACCUUGGAUCGCCGACAGCCGCAGCGAAUGUCCUGGCUGAAUAUGCGACGGGCCAAGGCCAACGAGACGGACCUGCCCACCGUCACGCCCUCACCACAAACCACUCGCAGCUGCAUCUCCACGGUGUCCAGCGUGGUGGACAGUGGUGGCGGUCGCACCACCGCCACUUCCGGUCGCAUCAGCUCCAGCGGCAUCGUCACCCUGAGCGGCAGCAACAACACCCUGAGUGAGAUCCAGGGUGGCUACCAUGACAUGGACCACGAUGCGGUGUCCAAGAACUUCUCCGUGUCGGCCUCCGCCCACAACAUCACCACGGCCAGCAAUGCCAAGCUCCUGCCCGCCGUCGAGGAUGAGUCCAACAAACAGACGAAAUGCUCGGUGUUCCGCGGGCUCGUGCUCUGUCUGUGCCUGAACCUGAGCUACGCGAACGUGGUCCGCUUCCCACGCGAGUUGGACCGCUACGGGUCGGCGUACCUGGUUCCGUAUGUGGUCUUGCUGUUUCUAGUCGGCCUGCCCAUGGUUCUGCUGGAGAUCUCAGUGGGCCAGUUUCUGGGCCAGGGGGCGGCGCACACCUGGCGCGCCUCGCCCAUUUUCAAAGGAGCCUGCAUGAUCAGUCGCUUUGCCUCCUGGCUUUCGGCCAUCUGGGUGUCCUUGCAGGCCGUGCUGGCACUGGCCUACAUCGGGAUGUUCGCCUCCAAUGACCUGCCAUUCCGCGAGUGCGCGGGACCCGUCAAGCUGCGAUUGAGUGGAUACCUCCUGACGGGAACCAGUGGACAGGAGUGCCUGCAGCUGACCUUCCUAACUCCAUUUUGGCGCAAUCCUCUGUACUUUGGCCUCCUGGCAGCGGGGCUAAUAGGUCUCUGGAUAGUUGUCAUGUUGUGCACGCACAAUGCCAAAAUCCUGCGGCGCAGUUUGUUCGUCUUCGGACUAGUUGGUCUAGUCCUGCUUUGCACACUCACUGGCUGGGAAGUGCGGAACUCCUUCAGUCGGCACUACUUCCCGGAGCUGUGGAGUUUCAACUGUGGCUUGCUGGCCGAGAGCAACAUAUGGUUCAAUGCCCUGAUGCAGGUCCUCUUCUCGGUAAACUGUGGCUUUGGAGCUCUGCCCAUGGUCACGGGCAAGUUCCUGUACAAAGGCGACGCUGUGAGAACCUCGGUGGUUUACCUCUGCUUCAACCUGCUCAUCAACGCCAUUGCCGUGACCCUGUUCAUGGUCCAGUUUGAUCUGUCGUCAAAUGGCUUUCAGAAUAUGGCUGAACUGAAGCCCCUAACCGCCAUCUACGACCGCGUAUUGAACGGAUCCCGGGAGGGCGACAGCCACCUACUACAGCAUCUGGUCCCGUCCCUAAUCUACGCCCUGAUAAUCCUCUCGGCCAUGGUCUCCAUCACGGUGGCCGUGUAUACCUCCACGCGUCUGGUGCCACGACGCCCCAACUAUGUGAUCUGCCUGAUUGGAUUGGUGGUGGCCGUUAUUUCCUUCGCGGCGCCCAACUUCCUCAUCGCCCGCGUGCUGGACUCGCGAUUGGUGGGCACCAUGGUGGUGACUGCCCUGGUGUUCGAGCUUAUUGCCAUAACUUGGAUUUACGGAGCCAAGAACAUCUACACAGACCUCGAGUUCUCCAUAGGUCGUCCCAUUUUCCGGGUGUGGAUGUGGCUGUGGGUCAUUUGUCCGGCUAUACUGACUGGUAUUCUGGUGUGGUGGUGUGCGGACGACGAUCGGUUCGACGUGUUGGCGGAGUAUCUCCCACGUUGGGCGCCAAUUCUUUUUGUGCUGGCCGUCAUCGUGAUCAUCGCCUGUGUGCAGAUCUUCCGGCAGGUGGAGUACAACUUCUUUGGCAUGAUCUGCGAGGCCUCGAAGCCAGCAAAGGAGUGGGGUCCGGCGGAUCCUUUGGCACGUCACUCCUGGAAGCAGUGGCGCUCCGUAUGCCAGGACACAGGACGCAGGGACUUCACCCUGAGAAGAAGAGGAACGCGGGACUAUACGCAUUCCAUCAAGAAGGGUCAGUACUCGAGUGCGACGAAGUAUGGAGUACAGAACGGAGGUCAAACCCAGACGCCCAUGCAUCAGCAGCACUGGAAGUCAUCCACGCCUGGCAAUAGUUCUCCCAACUACAGCGGAUCCAUGUUUGGGGACUCUGCCAUUGAAGAGGACAUAAGUGUGGAUAAGUUCCCAGGAAUCACGCAGCAGCAAUACGUUCCCUUCCAGGCCAGUGAUGCGAAGCAGUCGAGGUAUUCACAGAGGAUGCGGCAGACCGCCCAGCCGCAGACCCAAACGCAGAUGCGACCGCCCAGGGAAUCCGUGGAGAAACAUCGUGAGGUGGUCUACAUUCGCCGCCUCUCCGAUGGGGGAACCGGUACAGGACAUGCCACGCGCAUAGAGAUAAUGCCCUCGAACGAGUCCAUUACCUAUGGCAAUGGCAAGAGCAACAAUAACUACACCUCGGCCAUGUCCCGCAAUCCGCUGGGCCGCUCCACGGGAUGCCUGGCCGCUCCUGCCCAGCCGCCGCCGCCCAGCGUGCAUGUCAAGCGGUCGGCCAGCUCGGUGGUGAAUGUAAACUCCCACAAGCUGCCACCUCCAGCGACGUCCGGUGGAGCGGCGGACCACAUUUGCUGGCGGAAGUUCAACGUCAAUCCGGAGGAGUAUUCCACGGAGCUGUGAAAUCAGGGGAGGACCAGGAGUGGGAAACGAAGCAUUCACAUUUCAAAAGACUUGUUGCAUCCAAAACAAACGUAUCUGUAUCUGUAAUCCGUGUUGCACCUACGGCACACCUAACCUUAAGCUACGAAUAACGAACCGUAUCCAUAUGGAAAGUGUAUCUUCUAGUUGCGAGCUGUAAAUAGAGAGAGAGAGAUAGAGAAAAGGCGAGAGCGUCCCUAGAUAUAGUUAUACGAUCUAGUUCCUUAGCUUAAGUCGAGAAAAUUCCGUUGUCAUUGUUCUUCAUCUGGAAAUCAGGAGCAGGAAAUGUGGAAAGAAUGAGUAUACAUUAAUCCUAAGCACGGAUUCGAGUGCCUAAAAUCCAUGAAUUAACUGAAUUAACCCUAAGCCUUUUCAGCUCUUAGUUAGUCCGUAGGCUUAUGACCCCAUAACCUAAGCAUCCAUUGUAAAGUUACAUUGAAACACAACGAUUCCGAAAACGAUCUUAUGUAAUAAAUAGAAGGAUUAGUAAAUUAU